GGGAGGUAAAGCCGUAGACGGGUACGUUCCCCCCACCUGCUCAUACGCCUAGGGGCCUAGAAACAGAGUAGAAACGAAUGAUGACAUAGCCUACAAAGAAGAACGCGAAAAAAUAAUUUUCCUAUGUCGGACAGAUAGAUAAUGUAGUCGGUCUGUUGGGUGCAAAAUCAGGAUUUGCGAAAUAUUGAAUGGCACUGAACAAAGAAAGAGCACGAGUGUCAAGGAAUUUUACUGAGUAAUAUUUCAUGGCCAAGAGCUCUGCUGGAAUUUUGAAAUGAAAUAAGGAAGGGGAGGGAAGGGGGUUAAAAUAUUAAAGUCAAGAUUUACAACCCGAAAACAAGCCUCAAACAGAGGACUGCUAGAGACCAGCUGCGAACAGGAAGUUAAAUUCUCACACGAAACCAAGAUGGCCCCAGCACUGGCUGUGGCACUGUGUGCCACCUUCCUGCUCCAGUCUCCAGGCCUGGCCUUUCCUUCAGAUGAGCUGCGUGACCAUGGCGACAGAGUUCCCAUGACCUCUGACCCCCCCCAGCAGCAGACCUCUGCCCUCAGUGACCUCAUUCACGCUGCUCUUCUCAGUAAGGAGUAUCUUGGCCAGGCCUCCCUCUCUGCAGGAGCGGAGAGCAGUCCCACCCAGGCAGCCGCGGCCCCCCCCGGCCGUGAGCUGCUGUCUGCCGGCGUUUCCCCCGGGGUGCUCACCACGGCUGCGGCCUCGUCUGCGGCAGCGCCCCGAGCCGACCAGGCCAGCACAGGAAGUGGAGUGACAUCACUUCCUGCAGAAGAGGAGACGACAACAACUCUGAUUACCACUACGACGAUCACCACGGUGCAGGCACCUGUGCAGUGCAAUGCCAGUCUGUCUGGGAUGGAGGGAAUAGUGGAGUCUCCAGAUCCUCCCUCCUCUUCCUCAUCCCUCUUUCCUCUCCUGGAAUGCACAUACACCAUCAGCGUCUGCCUGGGUUAUGGGGUGGAGAUUCAGGUGAAAAGGGUGAAUCUAUCCAAAGAUGAGAUCCUGGCCAUCUGGGGACUGGAGGGGGCGGGGUCAGAGCUCCUGGCCAAUGAGACUCUGAUGAGCGAGGGUCAGGUGAUACGGAGUUCGACCAAUCAGGUCCAGAUUCACUACCGCAGCCUGCAGCCCACUGGUCGGGGUGUCUUCAGCCUUUACUAUCGAGCUUUCCUCCUCUCCUGCAUUUUCCCUCCCUCGCCUGUGGGGGGCAGUGUGACGGUGACUGGCCUGCACCCUGGGGGCCGUGCCCACUUCCACUGUGACCCCGGGUUCCAGGUCAGAGGUCACGAGGUGGCCACCUGCCUCAACUCUACCCGCCCCCGCUGGAGCAGCUCUGAGCCUCUAUGCGUCGCAGUGGCAUGUGGAGGCUGGAUCCGGAACGCCACUGUUGGUCGGAUCGUGUCUCCUCCGCAGCCUCCCGCAGGUAACCAUAGCAGCAGCAACCUGAGCUGCACGUGGGUGGUGGAGGCGAGGCGGGGGCACAGGCUCCACCUUCAUUUCCAGAGCUUCAGCAUGGACGAGGACUACAGCAGAUUGACAGUGCGCAGUGGGAACAGCUCUGCCUCUCCCCUGCUCUUUGACUCAGACCUGGACGACGUGCCGGAGAGGGGGGUUUUGAGUCUGGGCUUGUCUCUGUAUGUGGACCUGUCUGCUGACUCCUCCGCUGCCCCCCUGACCCUGGCCCUGCGCUACGAGGCUUUUGAUGGGGACCACUGCUACGAACCCUUCCUGGCUCAUGGCAACUACAGCAGCAGUGACAUCACUUCCUCCCUGGGAGCUGUGGUCUCCUUCUCCUGCUCCCCCGGCUUCGUCAUGCAGCAGGGUUCAGGGGUCAUGGAGUGCGUGGAUCCCAGCGACCCCCACUGGAACGAGAGCGAGCCAGUCUGCCGAGCGCUCUGCGGAGGGGAGCUGACCGAGCCUUCAGGAACGGUGCUGUCUCCUGAUUGGCCGCAGAGCUACUCCAAGGGGCAGGACUGUGUCUGGCUGCUGCAUGUCAGUGAGGACAAGCGCAUCGAGCUGGAUGUGCAGAUUUUGAACAUUCGCCACAGUGACAUGCUCACCAUAUUCGAUGGCCAUGACCUGAUGUCGCACGUGAUUGGCCAGUACCUGGGGUCCAGGGAGCGCCUCCAAGUCGUCUCGGGGGAGUCGGAGGUCAUGAUUCAAUUCCAGAGCGACCCAGACGAUGGGUCCUUCUACCAGCCCCGUGGGUUCAGGAUUCAGUACCGAGAGGUGGAGCGCAAUGACACAUGUGCUGCCCUUCCUCCAAUCGAAUUCGGCUGGAGUCGCUCGUCCCACCCCUCGCAGGUGAGGGGCAGCGUGCUGACCUAUCAGUGUCAGCCUGGGUAUGACAUGGCCGGCCCUGACAUCGUCACCUGCCAAUGGGACCUCUCCUGGAGCAACAGCCCUCCCACCUGUCAGAAAUCUCCUGAGCCCCGCCGCUGCCCCGACCCGGGGGAGGUGCUGAACGGGGCGCGCUCCCCCCGCCCGGAGCCCGCCUUCGCUGUGGGCGCGGUGCUGCACUUCUCCUGCAACCUGGGCUACGAGCUGGAGGGGCCCUCCCAAAUCUCCUGCCGCGGGCGCGACGCGGGAGAGCCAACCUGGAGCGAGCGCAGCCCGACGUGCGUCUUGAAGUAUGACCCAUGUCCAAACCCAGGCGUCCCUCACAACGGCUAUCAGACGCUGAACAAGCGCAGCUACCGCCCGGGGGAGUCACUCCACUUCUUCUGCUAUGAGGGCUACGAGCUGAUCGGGGAGGUCUCCAUCAACUGCCUCCCCGCACACCCCUCCCAGUGGAACAGUCCGCCUCCAUUCUGCAGAGCUGUAGCAUAUGAAGAACUGUUGGAUGGCCCCAAGCAGGAAUUGUUCAGGUCAACGGUCCCAUCACACCAGAUUAAGAAGACGAACAGCGCGUUAGCCAUCGCCCUGCCCAUUAUCCUGCUGGUCUGUCUGUUUGGAGGGAUCUACAUGUACUACGCCAUAGCCUGCAGACACCCACGGAGGCCACUGUUCCGGAAGCCUCUGUCCCACCGGCCAGCCUACAGCCCCAUCUCUGUGAAAACCGACUUCAGCAACUCUGUCUACGAGGGGGCGGACACGAGAGAGUACGAAGUUUCAAUCUAAAUAUUGAAUGCCUCCUUAGAGAGAAUGGAAUGAUCAAAGAGGAAUAACUGGGAGAAAAACUCUUUCUUUCCCCCAUACCCACUCUCCCUUCUCACUCAAUCCUUCUUUAUCUUGUUUGCUCCCAUUUUUCAUUCUUGUCUAUCUGUCUGAUGGUCUGUCUGUCUGCCUUUCUAUGUUGCUUCAGUCAUUUCUCUCUGUGGCUAGCAGUCAGUGAUUACUGAGAGGUUUGGCGCUGAAGCAGUGAUCUCCAGCUUCACGGCAGGGCUGAGGGGGUGCUGGGUGGCUCAUCAGAAUAAGGCACCAUGCUGUGGUCAAUGAGUGAGCCUUAUGGUCUGACAAAGUAUCUGACCCACACCAGGGCCAAGUGUUCCUGGCAGCCUGGCAGGGCCAUGGCUCUGGCAUUGCCCAGGGAUGGAGGGUUUCAGCCUGGCAGGGUCAUGGCUCUGGAAUUGCCCAGGGAUGGAGGGUUUCAGUGGCAGGAUGGCCUCAUGACUCUCAAGGUCCCCUUGUUUGGUCUUUUUCUCUCAGGCUGAAGAAUAAGUAAACAUUUUGAGUUCAUUACAUUAAAUCACAUUAUAUUACAUUACAUUACAUUAUUGGCAUUUGGCAGACGCUCUUAUCCAGAGCGACGUACAGUUGAUUAGACUAAGCAGGAGACAAUCCUCCCCUGGAGCAAUGUACAGUUAAGGGCCUUGCUCAAGGGCCCGACGGCAGUGCAGAUCUUAUUGUGGCUACACCAGGGAUCGAACCACCGACCUUGCGGCUCCCAGUCAUUUACCUUAACCAUUACCCUACAGUCAUGUACCUUGGUACCCGAGUUCGACCCUCCAUUGUUAUUAUACCCUUGUGUUCUGGCUUUUCUCUGCAUGCUGAAUGCAAAAGCUUAUCCUUGGGUCAGUGUGGGCUGAUAUGUUUGCAGAGUUAGGAACAUAGGGUAUUUUGGUGGACUGCAAGCACUGCACUCUGUCCUGUAAGAAUCAGAGUCAUUAGAGCCUUGGCAUACCGGAGAAAAACUGUGUUAACGUUCAGCACCGAUCUGUAAUUAAUGCAAAGAGGAAUGGGCGUCCAUUGUGGGGUCUAAAACCACAUAUAAACAUAACACUGUUCCUCUUUCAAGUAAUUAUUCUGUCUGUACUUCUGUGUAGUUGGUUCACUCAGUAAUCAGGUUUAAUUAACUGAAAAAGCAUGGAAUGCCUUGUAGUUGAGUCUUGGGGAUCUGAUUAAGCACCUGUAGGGAAGGUCUAAGAAAUUAAAAAGGCAAGGGUGAACACUGAAGACAGACUGAAAAUGACUGACAGACACACAGGAAGACAGACUGACGGACACAUCCCUGCAUUGAAAAGAUCUCUGAGACCUGUGUGUGCCUGCACACCUAUGAGCUGGAACAGCUGAUUUGCUGACUACACUUAAAGGAAAACACCAAUAUUUGGGGGAAAUAUACCUUUCCUUAACUUGAGCCCCGUCUCCACCUGACAGCCGAGACAAGACGAGACUAGAGAAAUCUCGGAACGUCCGUGUUUAAAUCUAAAAACAUCUGCGAAUAUGGACCACACCAAAGUGCCGAAUAAACAAAUAAACGACUCUUUCCAUGACGACCUGAGUUAACUGUAACGUUAAAUCAGAAAUUGUUCUAAAACUCCGGGGUUAAGACUUGACAUGCUCAGUUUUUGAAACGCCAGCCGGCAAGAGCCGGCAGUUCUUAUGAUAAAACUUUCUUCUAACAAUUUAAUUUGAAUUUUUGUGCAUUCACUGGCCAAAUUUCCAUGUUAGCAUUAUUGUAUUGCUAAACUGUUUCAUUUCAAAUACACAUGAUACCUUGUGUAAGUAAGACAGCUUCAGACUUGCUGUAAGGUGUAUUCCUUCACUUUGAAGGAGGUAGGUCUUGAUGCUAAGCUAACACGUUAUGCUAACACGCUAUGCUAACACGCUAUGCUAACACGUUAUGCUCACACGGACAUUGAGCCUGUGAAUGCACAAAUAUGAAAAUGAAAUAGAACAUCUUGUCUAAGUCUGGGUAAGUCGAAAAAAGGUAUUUCCCCAAAUAUUGGUGUUUUCCUUUAAGGCAUUUCCAUCCUUCUGCUAAUACCGCCUUAAAAGAGCAUGGUCCAAUCCACUGUUUUAAGUGUAACAGUAUUUUAUACCUGAAUAGGCAUCUGUUGUAUUGUACACACUACACGUUGAGACAAUACACAAGAGAAUUCUGAGCCACAGUAGAGUCAAGCACAGGAAAGCACCCAAGCAUUACACACUCCCUCCGCAGCCCAAUGGUUUCCUGAUAGAGAGGGAUUAAGCAUUACAACACUUGACUUACUUGCAUGGAUUAUUCAGUUUUAGGGAACCUAAACUCUGCUCCAUCGCUCCAAUGCAGAACAUAAGACGUAUUUACGCCAAAUAUCAUAAAUCCACUGUGUUCUGUGAAAAUGUCAAUAAGACACACACUGGUUUUCAAAAGAAUUACAUAAGCUGCUUUCACAUGACAAGAAUCAAACAUUGCUUUUAAUGCCAAGACUAAGGUGGGGACAGAAGAUUUGAGAACCGAGUGCCGCCAGUUGAAAUUUGAUGUCCUCCAUCCAGGAAACCAUUGGUUUGUUGAACUGUAAAUAAGGUGUUAAGAGUAAGUGAGAGUCAUGGGUUGUCUGUGAAACUUGCUUUGUGAAAC